AUGUCUAAUGAAUCAGAGGAACUUGUCCAAAAGCUGGUGGAUAAAUUCUGCUCACUUUUGGACGAAGCCCUCGUAGUCGCUAUCGCUAGCGAUCAUGAUCUCAAAGAUGCUUCACAAUAUGAGUCAGCCCAGACUGUACUGGAGGGUCUCGCUCAGCAUGUCACAACAGAAGAAGCCACUGGAUUUAACCCAAGUGGUAUUUCUAACAUACCAGAUGAUGGAAAUGGAGAUGAGGGUACAGCUGAGACAAACAGCCAGCAGGCUUCUCGUGCUCAUGACACAGAUACAACAUCUGCUAGUGAUCAAACCUCGACAUCUACCAACACAACUUACUCUAUACCACGACUGACUUCAUUCGAUGAUGACAGUGAGGAGUUUAAGGUUCUUCUCCUGCAGGGCAUGUUUAGUGAGCUAAAGGAUUUCGACAUCAAGCACUGCCUGAAAAAGGCAAACGGAGAUGUUCAGACUGCGCUAGAUGAGUUACUCAACAUCCAGUACCUCAAAUCAACUGGACAAGAGAAGAAAGGGAUCGAUGGAUUCUUUGAGCCCGAGGAAGAUGGCGGGAAGAAGAAGAGGAAGAACCGGAAGAAGGGCAAGAAAGCUCUCGGUGAUGAGUCUCCAUCGUCCGGCAGCGGGACUGCUUCUCCCUCUCCAGAUGAUAUGAAGAGCAUGAAACGCCAGGAUGAAAUCGCGUAUCUGGCAGAUAGACUUGAUCUGCCAUUUGUCGUUGUGUCGGACAUUUAUUAUAACAAAAAAUGUGCCAUCGGCGCUGCAGCAGUUGAGAUUCUGGACCGAUACAUGUCACAAGGCAUUGAGACGCAAGAUAAAGAAGGGAAAAAGUAUGCGCUGGAGCUUGCUGAGAAGUACCAAAAUGUUCCGGCAAAGUACAUGUCAACAAUCGUUCAGGUCACAGGCUCCAUCUCCCAGGAAUCUGACGACAUCGCCGCGCUUGUCAGCAAACAUUUUAUCAAGAAUCCAUGGACCGAAAAGCUUGAUGUUAGUUACCAACUAACACCACUUCCAGCAGAGGAUUUGGAAGGAUUCGAGACAAUUACACGUGGAGGCAAGUCUAAGCUAGCCAGACCUGUCUCAGGAGGUACGGCUUUUCUCCCUGCCGGGCCGUCAGCGUACGCGCAAGCUGCUGAGAGAGCGGGCCAAUACAAUCGAGCCAAAAGAGAUGCAGCAGCUUCAGCAGCAUCAUUAAAUCGACGUGGUGCUUCCAACCCACUCUACCGUCAGGCAGCAGGAUAUUACUCAGAAAGAGCAAGAGAACAGGCACGGUAUGAGAUGAACGCUACGUCAUCGGCCGCAGAUCUGCUUGUCAACAACCAAAGCUCGUCGACUUCCAUCGACUUACACGGCGUAUAUGUGCAGGAUGGUGUGAGGAUUGCUCGCCAGCGCGUGCAGGCUUGGUGGAAUGGCCUGGGAGAGUUUCGGUCUGAUAGGGCACGCCAACAGCCGUUUACUGUCAUCACUGGACUCGGCCGCCAUAGUGCUGGCGGCGUAUCGCACCUGAGACAAGCUGUAGCUGCAGCUUUGCUCCAAGACGGGUGGAAAAUGCAGGUCGAGACUGGGCGCUUUGUCGUCAAGGGUAGACGAUAA